AUGUCCUUGGCCGUGCCAGCUGCGCUGCAGUCCUGCUUGGAGCUCUGGGCCCUCGAGCUGGGGGUCACGAUCGGGGCGGGCCUACUGCCAGAUGCAGAGGUGAACCUGGGCGCCAAUGCCGCCCUCGCCUGCAUCGGGGGCACCUGCUACAUGCUGUGGGUCGGCCUGCAGGUGGCUGCCUCCAUCACCGUGGGUACUGGCGACGCAGCGGCUGCCCAGCGUGCUGCUCGUGUCUCCGUCUGCAUCGGGCUAUUCUUCGCCCUGCUCGUCUACCUUGUGGUGCCCAUCGGCCGUUUUGAGAUCGCAGGGGCUCUCACAGACGAUGCGGAAGUGAAGGCGAAGGUCGCGUAUUCGUAG